UUUAUGUUUAACUUAUACAUUGUUAACCGAUAAAUUAUGUUAGAAAACCCUAAUAUGCAUAGGUAUUUUCCUUUUCCCUUUCCACGUCCUAAAAUAACAGUAGUAUAUCAUUUGGAGUAACAAUUUCCACGUCCUAAAAUAACAGUAGUAUUAUCAUUUGGAGUAUAUCUUGGAACUAGCGAGCAUGAAGACAGUGACUUCCUUACAGUACUGCUACAGGAUCACAUUGGAGGCCUUCAGGUUCUUCAUGACAGUUGCUGGGUUUGAUGUUCCUCCUGUUUCUGGUGCUCUAGUAGUAAAUGUUGGUGAUCUUUUACAGCUUAUAUCAAAUGACAAGUUCACGAGCAUUGCACACAGAGUUCUGGCAAGUCGUGUUGGUCCAAGAGUAUCAGUGGCCUGUUUUUUCACCACCGGUCACUCAUUAUCAUCGAGAGUUUAUGGACCAAUUAAGGAGUUGUUAUCAGAAGAUAAUCCUGCGAGGUAUAGGGAAACUACUAUUAUGCAACAGGGAUUGGAGGCAAAUCUGCUUUGUCAGAUUUUAGGAUCUGAACAAGGCAGAAACGAUUUGUUAGUCUGUAACUGUCAGAUCCUACAAUCAGUUAAAUGUAACAGUUCUGCUGGACUUAGCUAUAGAAAUGGAUCUGCAAUGACUUUGAUUUUUAUUCUACAGUUAAAACUUCCAUGCAAGAUAAUAUGAGCAACAAAAACCAAAGAUCAAAUUGUGCUCACAAAAAAUCCAAUGUUGAGUAAAGGCAAAGGUAAAAGCCAAUGUUAAUCUAGUUUGACCAUUUGAUCAUACAUGUACUUGUGCUCAAAAAAAAAAAAU